GAACCCCAAGAAAAGCUCCACCAAAACUACCCUCGAAAGUCCGUCCGUCCCUCCAAGCAAAUCUCUCGCAUCGAGUUUCUCCGACUUCUUCGUGAUCCAGACAAAGAUGAUGUCCAUCUUCAGCUCCUUCGACGCUCUCUGCGCCGAGUCGCGCGGCCAGAAGGUCGCCUUCUCUUUCUCUCCCGCCAAGGCUCAGCCGCCGCCCGCGGAUUCGCCGGCACCCGCCGCGGCCGAGAAGGCGAAGAGCGUCGCGGGCGGCAAACCGCUGCCACCGGCGACGAAGCAGCCGCAGCCGCAGCCGCAGCAGAAGAAGCGGGCGCCGAGGUUCGCGCCGGAGCUGGACGGAGUCCACUGCUUCGAGACGAUCCUUCCUUAUUGAUCGAACCCCCCCACGACAUGGGUGGUAGCCUGAAAUUCGUAUUCUUUUUCCCGCCACGAUUCUUUUUGUAUAUGAAUGAAUACACUUCUGGGUAAAUCACGAAAUAUGAAGCUCGAUCAAAGUUUUGACUCC